UGUCAAUAUUAGUUAAUGAAAAUAAGUGGCAGCGUCGUAUACUUGCACGAUUUGAAGGGAAGUGUGAUCAAAACAAACCAGAAAAUAUAUAAAUAAAUAAUAUGUCGCAUUUCCUGACGCGGUUAAUUCUACUGUAUUCCUUUUUUAUAAGUAAUAUACAUUGGAAAAAAUCAUCCACACAAUAUACCAAGGCGGAAGAAGUGAUAUUUGAAAGCAAAAUAUUGGAAAAUGAGUAUAUCGUGCAGUACCGGCACUAUUACUUUCCGGCUGCGAGACGAAAAUUCUUAAUUGCUGCCUUCCGUCGUUCCAAUAUUGCUAAUUGGAACAUAAUUGAACGACAGAAUGCUGCACUUCAUUACCCAAGUGAUUUUGAUGUUAUACGAUUGGAUGCAGUCGACUAUCGACGAUCUACUCAUCUAACACCACUUGAAUUGCAUCCACUUAUAAAAAAAAUAACGCCACAACGUAGUCUGCAAAGAAUCUUAAAUUUUAAUACCACUCAUGAACGUAUAGGUCGACACCUAUUGCGCUCAGUGCCUACCCAAAUCACAAAUAUGCUAAAAGCUGAUGUGUUGUGGGGAAUGGGCAUCACGGGUGCAGGAGUGAAAGUGGCCGUUUUCGAUACCGGUUUGGCUAACGCUCAUCCGCAUUUUCGUCGUGUAAAGGAGCGCACUAACUGGACAAAUGAGAAAUCUUUAGAUGACGGUGUUAGUCACGGCACUUUUGUUGCGGGAGUUAUUGCAUCAGCUAAAGAAUGCUUAGGCCUAGCGCCAGAUGUGGAGCUACACAUUUACAGGGUUUUUACCAAUUCGCAGGUGUCAUACACAUCUUGGUUUUUGGACGCUUUCAAUUAUGCUAUUUUCAAAAAAAUUAAAGUUCUGAAUUUAAGCAUAGGGGGCCCAGAUUUUCUGGAUCAUCCGUUUGUAGACAAGGUGCUUGAAUUAUCUGCAAAUAAGGUUAUUAUGAUCUCUGCAAUCGGAAACGACGGUCCACUCUACGGUACACUCAACAACCCAGGCGAUCAAAGUGAUGUUAUAGGCGUAGGCGGAAUAAAUUUCGAACAAAAAGUAGCAAAAUUUAGUUCUAGAGGCAUGACCACUUGGGAGCUACCUUGGGGUUAUGGUAGACUAAAGCCCGAUAUUGUAACGUUUGGUAGUCAGGUGAAAGGCAGCAAUGUUCAUGGUGGCUGCCGUUCGCUCUCUGGCACUUCAGUUGCUUCUCCAGUGGUAGCCGGAGCUGUGGCGUUAAUAGCAAGCGGCGCACUCUCAAAACUGGACCUCAUCAAUCCCUCAUCUAUGAAACAGAUAUUAAUCGAGGGAGCGGAACGUCUACCCGAUAAUAAUAUGUUUGAACAGGGGCAUGGGAAGCUUGAUAUAUUGAAAAGCAUGCAAUUGCUGUUAACAUAUGAGCCAAAAAUAACUCUUAGCCCAGAAUAUUUGGAUUUCACCGAUAGUUAUAUGUGGCCAUAUAGCUCACAGCCGAUUUUCUAUGGCAGCAUGUCGGUCAUUGCAAAUGUUACCAUAUUAAAUGGAAUAGCCGUGACGGGAGUAAUCAAGGAAGAGCCAGUAUGGCACCCACAUGCAGAUAGACAUGGAAAUGUUUUAAAUAUUGCGGUUUCUUAUUCGGCAAGUUUAUGGCCAUGGUCAGGGUGGAUGUCGGUUCAUAUAGCUGUAAAUAAAAAUGGUCAUGAUUUUAAAGGUGUUGCUGAAGGACAUAUAAGUCUAGAAAUCGAGUGCUUACAGGAACAGCAAGAACGAACUGUUUUGACCAAAAUAAACUUUCCUCUAAAGGUAGCUGUCAUACCGAAACCUCCCCGAAAUAAGCGAAUACUUUGGGAUCAAUUCCACAGUUUGAAAUACCCUCCGGGUUAUAUACCACGUGACAACCUGAAAAUUAAAUCCGAUCCGCUAGAUUGGCGUGCCGAUCACCUGCAUACCAAUUUUCGUGAUUUGUAUACCCAUUUGCGCAAUACUGGCUACUAUAUAGACAUUUUGCGUAUGCCCUACACUUGCUUCAACGCUUCUGAGUAUGGCACACUCCUCAUCGUUGACCCCGAAGAAGAAUACUUCGAUGCAGAAAUAAAAAAGAUUGAAAAUGAUGUAUAUAAUGAAGGAUUGAGCGUGAUAGUAUUUGCUGAUUGGUAUAAUACUACGGUAAUGAAAAAAAUUAAAUUUUUCGACGAAAAUACCCGCCAAUGGUGGAUACCGGAUACGGGGGGUGCUAAUAUACCAGCGCUAAAUGAGUUACUAAAGGCUUAUGGCAUUGCGUUUAGUGAUUUCAUCGCCGAAGGUUUUUUCACCAUGGGCGAUCAUUCAAUGUAUAUUGCCAGUGGCACAACUUUAGCGAAAAUACCGCGUGGAACAGACGACAUCGUUAUAGGUGCAGAUGUGCAUGAUCAAGGCUUUGAGAUUUUAGAAAACCCCAAUACGGUUGAUAAUAAAAAGGUAUUCAAGCCAAUUCUAGGCCUCUUUCAAACUGAAAACGAGCUACGCAAGCAAUUUUUAGUGGAUAAUGCGCAAACACCUUCUAGCUAUGAAGAGAAUAAUGUUGAGCAACCAAAUAUUGAGACAGAGAUAUCAGCUGAAAGGAAUCCAAUAAUCAACAAACGCAUAUUGCUCGAUUACAAAAUUGGAAAAUUCAGUAACAAUAAUUACAACAAAAACAAUGAUGACACACUUAAUAAGCCUUCUGAAAAGAAUAGUAAAAAUUCAAAACAAAGACUGCAACCUAUGUCGAUAAGCAGCACCAGUUCAAGUGGACGCAUUGCAGUGUUCAGUGAUUCAAAUUGUUUAGACUCCAUUCACCUGGAGAAGGCAUGCUUUUGGUUAUUGGAUGCUAUACUUGAAUACACCAUGCAUUCGCACAAAUCUGAACUGCUGCAAAAAUUGAAUCACGUUUCAGAGUUUUAUCCCAAUUCUGUGCGAACUCCGCCAUUGCGUUUACAUAGCAGUAAUUUGCAUUUGCACUCGAAAGUUAUUGACUCAAAUAACAAAUUUCACAAAAAAGAGACUGGGGCAUGUGAAAACCUCGAUUGGCUGCAUCCGCAGAGUGUUAACGCAGCUGAACUCAAAUUAACUGCGAAUCGAGUGAAGCAAAUCGAUUUGAAUUUACUAAAAGCUAAUGCAGAUCGAAACGUUGCGGAGAUAUUAAAUGCACAUGUCGGGGCUAAACUCAAUUCCCUGCCAUUGGGCCCGGAUGAUGAAAGAACCAUUAAAAUGUCUCUGAUUUUCAUUAUGCUGCUGACAAGUUUAGUUCUCAUUUUCUUUUUAAAAUGUUUUAGAAGAAAAAGAGGUUGAUUAUUGGCAUAGUUUUUCAUGAUGUUAAAAUAAGUUUUUUUCUAUACCAAUGUAGAAUUAAUUAAUUUAGAUAAUAAAUAUUAUAAAACAUUUAAUAAUACAU